AAAGAGUGUUAUUCUCACGCACCGUCAAUUUGCGCAAGUUGCAGUUUUGACUUUGUUUAUUUAUGUUUUAUUGAUUAAAAUCGGAGGAAAGAAAUGGAAUAAGAGAAUAUAUUUUAGAGCAAUGAAUGGUGACUGAUUAGCACUAAGCAAAAUGAAUCCAAACAACAGGCAAAAGGCUCUUGUCAAUGUGCCUCGUACACUGAGACCAAAGGCUGUGCCAGUGAGUCCCAUAAAAUCUCCACUGGGAAAUAUAGUUCCACAAGUGGCUGUCCCAAUGAUGAAUCCACAAGGUCAAGGACAAGUAAUUUCAAGAGGGAAUAUUGUACCUCAAGUGUUCCAUGGUACAUCAAUAUCCCAAACAAUGCCUACCACACAACCUAGAUUAACUGCCCAGGCCCUGUUCCCGCAGACUGGAGUUAUUACACAGAUGCCUUUGUCUCAGCCAAGAAUGGCUACUCCAUAUCCACAAAGUGGCAUUGUCUCCCAGAGUUUAACUGGACAACAGACCAGAAUGAACAUACAGCCACUAUAUCAACAGACUGUGUCAGUUUCACAAUCUGGCCUUAGAGCCCAGCCUACAAUUACUGCUCAAGCUCUUUACCGACAUGUUGGCCCUUUGUCACAGAAUCGUUCUGCAACCCCGCAACAAAUAGGUGCUCAGAUAGUUUAUCCACAGACUGUUCAAAUUGGUAGUCAGAUGCCCUCAGUUCAGAAUAGAGUUUCCAUGGUACAAAACGCUGGUUGUGUGGUGCAGAACAGUGUUUCAGGGGUACGAAGCUCACUAUCAGUCGUACAAAACAAAGUGGCCAUGGUACCAAACACCGCCUCUGUGGUUCGCAACACAGUUCCUGUAGUACAUAGCAAUGUCCCAAUGAUUAUGUCAGCUUCACCAGUAUUUCAAAACAUCAGUUUCCAACCGGGCGGACAGCUUGCGUACCCGUCACAGAUGAACGCCCAGGGUCAACCAAGACCACAAUUUGUUUAUCCAGAUCUGAUGGCUACUAAGGUUCCAUCAUCUGUCUUAAGCCCAGUCAUCUCUACUGCCACAAACCCUUUCCAGCAGAAAACUUUCUCUGUCGCAAAUCAAUUAAGUAUUAAUCAAGUGUUCACCCAGCCGCUGAUGCAGCAUAAUGUUGUUCCAAGGUUAGUUCAAAUGAAUCCAGUUCAGAGUAUGGUACAAAACCAGCUAUUGCCUACAGUGGCUCCUGAAAUUCAAAAAGAUGAUGGUUUGAAUGUGACAGGGGAAACUGAAGGUUCGAUAUUGGCAAAGCAGGAUAUCUUGGAUAGUGACAGUAAAGUUAAAUCUGGCGAUCAAGAAAAUGAAUCAGAAUCUGUAAAAAUGUCUGAACCUACAGGAUUAGAGCCCCUUGCCGAGAAUGUUACUGAAAUCAGUGAAGGAUCAAAGACUGACAGCGUUACAAAUGAAUACACUGAAAUGACUCUUGAAGAUAAUCUUAUAUCAGAUGCCCAAUUAGGAAUUAGACUAUUUGAUAAAAAAGUAGGCAUAGAGGAAACAUUGCUGUUGUCUAGUGAGCAGAAUUCACCAAUGGUGAUAGAUAAUGCUACAUCAGACUCCAGGGAAUCAUCCAGUAUGUCUAAUAUGGUUAAUACAAGUGACAUUGAGGAGUUGCUGCUGUUUCCGUCAUCAUUUGACACAGAGUCCUCGCAGAAUUCUCAAGCAUCUUUGGAUUUCACAAAUUCGAAUUUAAAGAAUACAGAAGAGUUAUCGGAAGGAGGAGACCAGGAAUCAAGGCAAGACGGCUUGGAACAGCAACAUUAUACAUCAGUGCAAGAUCAGACUCAUUCUGAAGACAGUGUUGAACCUUAUUUGGAGAUUCAACCUUUGACAUCUGAUUCCGAAGAUUCCAUUGAAGCACUGAUUGAAACUGAUGAAGAUGAUGUAAAAGAUGCUGAAAUUCCUGACCACACUACAAAUAAUACAGUCAGUGACCCUGAGGCAAGCAAUGAUGCUCUGUCGCAAAAUAUUUCUGAAAGUGGGGAUCAAGUUUUUGAACCAAUGGACGAGGGUUUGGAACAAAAUAGUCGAAGAAAGAUGGAAGAGGUGAAAGAUACCGAAAGUAUACAUUCCAAUGUAGAAAUGAAAAUGGACGGUUCUGUAAUGGCGGAUACAGGUAGUCAGCCUAGUAGUUCGGAGGAUAGCCAAGACGCGGCUACAGCUUCCGACAUGUACGAUAUAUACACUGACGAUAGUAAUAGUAUAACUUGGGAAAAUUUUCAUCAUACUGUGUUAAAGUUAAAGGCCACUAACAUCAAAGACAAAGCACCUGUUACUUUCACAUCACUUAAAGAAAGUUCUUUGGACAAUACCCCGUCCAGCUGUGAUAUAGUGAGUAGUGAGCCCACGUGUACAGAUGUAGACGCUGAUAACGAAACAGCUCAGUUUAAAGAUGAUACAGCUCAUGAACAAAGCUUUGAAGGAGAAGAUGAGGAGCCAGAAUUUGUUUGGGAAGAUUAUCUUCAGCAGACUGGAACUACUGCAGUCCCUCCCACAGCCUUCAAACAUGUUGAAUGUAGUCUACAGAGUGGUUUUAUCAGAGGCAUGAAACUGGAAGUUCCUAACAAAUCUGAUCCCUCUACAUUCUGGGUAGCCUCGGUUCUCAUGACAUGUGGGCCGUUGUUAAGGUUACGAUACGACGGGUACGGCGAGGAGAGUUCCGGAGACUUCUGGUGCGAUUUGAACACUACAGAUAUACAUCCGAUAGGCUGGUCGGCCCAGAAUGGAAAAAAUCUACAACCACCAGAUGAUAUUCGGGACAGAGUUAGUGAUUGGAGAGUAUUUCUGCUAGAGUCACUAACAGGGGCCAGAACUGCACCUUCAUAUUUCUUUGAAAAGGGUACUGGGUGCAGUCCAGUUGACCAGUUGAAUUGCGGUAUGAGACUUGAACUUCAGGAUAUACUGAACCCUCUACAUGUCUGGCUGGUCCAGAUCUUAGAGAAUGUAGGAGGAAGGUUGUACCUGAGGCUUGAAAGCACCCAGUCUGCCUCCAAACAUUUUUGGAUGUUUUACUUAGACCCAAGACUUCAUCCUGUUGGCUGGGCCAGUGAGCAUGGAUGUGUCUACAAACCUCCACAAGAUAUAUGUGAUGAACAAACAGAUGAAAACUGGUCAGAGAUUCUACAGGCAGCUCUAAAAGAGUGUGAGGAGGAUGGUGUACCCGAGGAUGUGUUUAAGGAUCAACAAAUAUUGAAGACUCAUCAGUUUGCUGUUGGGAUGAAACUUGAAGCGUUAAAUCCAGGAAUGAAUACGAUCGGUCCUGCCACCGUAACCAAGGUGAUCAACAAGUACUACUUCAUUGUUGAGAUGGACGAUGUGAGGAUCGAACAUGAGAACAUACAGAUCUGCUGUAACUCCGAGUAUCUGGGAAUAUUUCCUAUCUCAUGGUGUCAGUGUAAAGGAAUUCGUCUAAGUCCACCUAUUGGUUGGAGUGGUGGAGAUUUUGUUUGGGGAGAGUAUUUGUCAAUGUGUAAUGCUAAAGCUGCUCCAGAGAAGUUGUUUCACUCUGGAACAGAGGAUCAUGAGUUUGAGAGAGGUAUGAAAUUAGAGGCCGUCAACCCCAACAAUCACAAUCAGAUAUGUGCUGCCACCAUCACCAAGAUCGUUGGUCCGUUGCUAUGGAUACAUUUAGAUCAUAUGAGAGACAUUCCUAGUCAUAUAGAAGACAUAGACUCACACAAUCUGUUCCCUGUUGGGUGGUGUGAGAGUAAUAACUAUCAGCUUAAACCACCGAUAAAGGCGAAAAAGAGACAAAGACGCAUGUCAGAACGUAGAACAGAAGAAGUUUAUCGCUCAAUAACAUCUAGUCAGACAAAAGGUGCCUGGUGCCCAACAAUCUACUUCAAUCACAGAUGUUUCUCUGGUCCGUAUUUAAGCAAAGGUCGUAUAUCAGAUUUACCGAAGCAUGUUGGUCCAGGGCCGAUGGAUCUUGUUCUAAGAGAGGUAUUAAGUUUGUUAGUGAGUAUAGCAUACGUGCCUUGUAGAGCAUUGAAAGAGAUCCAACAAGAAGGACCAUUCAACCCGAGUAUGAAGGCACACAUUCUGAAAGCAAAGUAUAAGGGAAAGAAGUACAAGGCAGUUGUGGAGGUAUGUCAGACUGAGUCACAGUUGGAAGAUUUCUGUAGAAACACGUGCAUUAAGCUGGAAUGCUGCCCGUACCUGUUCAGUCCUGUACAAGUGCGUAACAACUGCCCUGAAAACUGUCAACAGCUGACAAAAACUAAAUCAAAUCCAAACUAUGGAAAGAAGAGAAAAUUCAGCAACUUAAUCAGUGUGAGGUCGUCCACAUAUUCUGAUGACCGAAGCAGGGAACCGAAGAAACGAGGGCGUAAGAAGAAACGAUUCUUAUAUAUACAGAAGAAAGGUCAAGGUCAGAGGCAGUACGAUGCUAAUGGUGAUCUGUUGAAAGAUGAAGGCUUCAUUGAUUAUGAUGAUGAAGAUG